AUGUGGAUGUUUCUAUUGGCAAAAGUAAAUAGCGCUGUUUUAAUGUCAUCAUCAGAUCCAUCGAGUCAGUUACAAGAAGAAACAAUCACCGGAAAUAUAUUUUUUGCAAAAAAAAGAAACAAAGUUUUACAUUUGAAUGUAGGCGGUGAACUAAUAUAUGCUACACGAGAGACUCUGACGUAUAUACCCAAUACAAUACUUGCCUCAAUCGUUAAACAUGAUAAUAUAAAUCAAUCAAAUUCGAUUGAACGCGACAAUGAUGGAAGAAUCUUUCUUGAUUUUACACCGAUUUUAUUUAAACAUGCAUUGGAACAAAUACGUCGAUGGAAAAAUCGAGCUAAUCGAUCAGCUGAUCAAGAAAUAAAACCACCUUCAUGGAAUGUUAAAAAGGAAUUCGAUGAAAUGCUUAGAGCACUUGGACUAGGCAAAUAUCGUCAAAAAUUAAUCUAUGAUUCAGAGGAACUUUUAAUAGCACGAACAUAA